AUGGCUGAGUCUGCCAAUACUACCAAUAAACAUGAUUCAAAAUGUGCAAAAACAGCUGAUAUGGACUUGGAGGUUUGCAACUCAGAGCCACCCGAGAUCUCUUCUUUAAAUAUCAAGUCUCUGAGUCCCGUCCUGCUGCCACUGUUCUCACCAAUCCCAAAGCCUUCUUUGAAUAUCAAGUCUCCUGUUCUGCUGCCACUGUCACCAAGCCCAAAGCCUUCUUUGAAUAUCAAGCCUCCCAUUUCGCUGCUACUGUCACCAAACCCAAACUUGCCUCCUCUGGAUAUCAAGUCUCCAUCACCAAGUUUGCAACAGCCAAAAGUCCUAAAAGAUGCCAUUAACUGCCUCAAGGAAAAGCAAAUUGCUGACACUGACUCUGCAAUGCCUUCCACUGAUGUCCCUGCAACACCGACAGUACCUGAUUUCAACACCAAUUCUAUAAUACCUUCUGCUGUCGCUGAUGCCCCUGUGACUGUGACACUGACGCCAUUUGAGGCUCACGGCACAUAUACACCCUCUGAGUCUUCGACCUUACAGGUUGCUAAUGCAGACUCACAAGGCAAACCUGGCCCUACCAGCAAGAACUUCCACCCUGCAGCUAUGAAGAAUGGGAGAAAUCUUUGUGCACAUCGCUGGCUCAAAAAGGUAGCGCCCAACGGCUACUCUCAAGAUUUCAAACUAUACUGGGACUUGCUGGGCAAAGACUGCCAGGAGAAAUACGAAACAGAUGCCAAAAAACUGGUAUCUGACGGCAUUUGGACUGGCAACACCGUCAAAGUGAUUGCACCUGCAUCCUUGUUUCCAAACCUUUGUGAAUUAGUAUGGGAUGUCAGUGGAGCUCACUUUGCCACAGAGUUUUUGUGCAUGACUUUUGUGCCCUCCCUAUGGGUCUUGACCUUGCAGUUUUCCUCAGCUUUCCUCUUGGUCCUUUCGUCUCUUGGAACCUUGUGUCCUCAUCUCCAGAGCAUGACCUUGAGAUAUCGUCUCACAAUGGAAGACUCAUCCAGUAAACUUUCACCUUUCAUCGCACAACCUAUUUCCCAGCUCCACAAUCUCCAUACUUUGAUAGUAUGGGACCUAGGAAACACAGGCAUGGAUCACAUCAUGCAGCUUCAAGCUCUGCAGUCACUGGACUUGGACCUAAGGACAUCGUCAGCUGGGGAGAGGCAGUCUCAUCUGCCAUUCCCUGGCUUUUGUAACUUGCAUUAUUUAUGCCUUACAUUUGGCACAUUUGAGCGAGCGAUGGACUUCUUGAGUUCACUCCAAGUUAUCAAAACAAAAGAAAUCAAGCUCAUCUUCGCAUCCUGGAUUGAGGAAUCCUCCAAAAAUGCAUCUACAUCACUAUCCCAGUUCCUUGUCAUCCUCCCAGAGAUAUGUGACAACAAGAAACUUAAAUGCCUCAGCCUGGUUAGAUCAAGGGUUAUACACACAGAAUUAGCCGUCUUCAUGCCAUUGCGUACAUUUCACAAUUUAGUUGUGUUACAGAUUGAGAGGGGGUGUUCCACCUCUAUUUCCAAUGGGGAGCUGUGCCAGAUGGUAGCAGCCUGGCCUAUGCUUCAAGUACUCAAAAUUAGCUGCUAUAUCGCAAUCGAUGCUACCACAGUACCAACGUUCUGUGGGCUGCUAGGUGUGCUUCGACUCUGCCCCUCUCUAACUUCGCUCGCUCUUGCCAUUGAUACCACAAAGCUGGAAGACAUCGAUUUCAUGAGCCCCAGCGGUGAAAGCCUUAACAUGCAUCUCAAUGACCUCACCCUGGGCAAUUCAUUGAUAGCUUCCCCGCUAAACAUAGCUCUCGUCCUCAGCAGUAUCUUUCCCUGCCUCAAGCAGGUCGAUCUUGAUUGUUGGAACACAGCUCCAAUGGAUUUGUUAUUAUCAGCACACGACAAGAAUUCAGCAAUGGAGAAGUGGGCAUCCAUUAAUAACCUUCUUGAUGGUUUUAGCAUAGUAAGAGAGCGUGUCGCAACUUCAUGA